AUGUCCGCAAACGGCGCUGCAGCCGCUGAAGGAGCGGAGUCGGCACCAGAGGCAAUCAAGGUGCCAAACAGCCCUUCCACUGCGUUUGCCGCUCUGUCGCUGUCCGACCAACCUUCCGCCUGUUCCUCUUCAUCCUCGAUCUUUACACGUGCGCAUAUCCAGGAGCUCGACGCCUCAACAGCCCUAGUCCAUGCACUCAACGAGGCUCGAAAGAGGCCCAAACCUCUCAUUCGAUCCACUGGCCACCUCAUUCGCAGUAGCUAUUCCCAAGGCGAUGGUCGCCUGGACCAUCACCUGCUCUCGUGGAAAGUCGCAGAGUUCGCAUAUCGCAAAUCGACGUCCGUCGGGUCCGAGCUGCCCACACUCGCACGUGGACUGUUUACCGAGCGUAUCGCUUCCUCUUCUGCGGAGAAGCACAGGAUAGUAGUACGAGGCUACGACAAGUUCUUCAACCUCGGCGAGAUGGCGUGGACCAAACCCGAAUCCAUCACGCACUACACCACCGCACCCUACGUGCUGACUUUCAAAGAGAACGGCUGCAUCAUCUUCGUCUCCUCCCUAUCGCCUCACGAGCUCGUCGUGACCUCGAAACACUCGCUCGGCUCUAUCGAAGGCACCGACGUAACACACGCCCAAAAGGGCCACGAGUGGCUGCUCCGCCACCUGGAUUCUGUCGGGCGCACCGAGCAGCAGCUGGCAGCCGAACUGUGGCAGCGCAACGAAACAGCAGCGUUCGAGCUGUGCGAUGACUCAUUUGAGGAACAUGUGCUCGCCUACUCGGCCGCGCGCUCCGGGCUCCACCUGCACGGGUUGAAUGCCAACUCGGCGUCGUUCCGCACGCGGGACAUGCCGGAUGUGGAUGCGUUCGCGAACGAGUGGGGGUUUAUUCCGACACGCUGGAUCCAGCUGGGCAGCUUGGAGGAGGUGCAGAGGGUGACGAGCGAGAUUGAGCAGACGGGCGCGUGGGAGGGCGAGCCGAUCGAAGGAUUUGUCAUUCGCACGCACAUGCCUGAUCAGCGGGUGAUGGACGAAUUGCAGCGCGAGCAAAGCAAGGUCGUCAGCCCCCCGUAUGCGCCUGGCCAAGCAUGGUUCUACAAGGUCAAGUUCGACGAGCCGUAUCUCAUGUACAGAGACUGGCGCGAGCUUGCGCGCAAGAUGGUGAAGGAGAAAACAGAGUGGGAGGCUAAAGUCGCCAAUCUUGCCUCCUUUUCCACCACCAGCGAAGUCACUCCAGAAACGGCUACAGUAUCAACACGUAACACAACCGACCCUGCUCCUCCCAGUGCAGAGCAGGAUACCGACGUCCACGACAACGUCGACGUCGACGGCGAUGGGGAGGGCGCGACAGGCCCCUCCAAGGCAGCCCUCAAGCGCGAACGCAAACGUCUCGCCAAGCAAACCGCCAAAGCAGCUGCUGCCAACCGCACGGCCGCACAAGCAGCCGGGCUCCUCCCGCCCUCACCGCCACAGCCAAGAUCCAAGCGCCCCGAAACCAGCCUCUUCGUCACAUGGUGUUACGAUCGACUCUACGGCAAUCCUGCGCUCAACCUCAAACCUCAGCCGCAACUUUUUGCUGGAUUGACCCAGAACAAAGGCAUUAUUGCGAUGCGCAAUGCGUUCCUCUCCUACCUCGCCACUACUACUCCCACUGCGUCCACAGUCACGGACGGCGAUGUGCAGCAGCAGCGGGAGAAGGAGGAGGAAGUGGACGAUCGAGAGUUUACGAAAACAGUUCUUGCACCCAUUGCCGUGCCAGGGUGCGGCAAGACAGUGUUGGCAGUAGCGCUAGCUGAGCUCUUCUCGGUGGGCCACGUCCAGUCGGACGAUUUCAAAAAGAAACAGGGCUUUCUCUCGGCGGUCGAAAAAGACUUACGCACCAAUGCUGCCCAAUCCAACUAUGUGCUGUUCGCCGACAAGAACAACCACCUGUUCCAGCAUCGUGAUGAUCUGAUUGACCUCACCGCUCGCCUGUCCCGACCCGAACCCCCACCGGCUGCCUCAGCGUCCAAGAAGAAGCCGAAACCGCAACCUCCGAUCGGGCGCAUCCGCACCAUUGCCCUGGCGUGGGACCUCGACUCACUGCCGCUCAACACGCUCCACCGCAUGUGCGCGCAGCGCAUCGAGCGUCGCGGGGACAACCACCAGACGCUGGUCGCCGAUCCGGAUGACUCGGCGGUCAGCGGGCUCAAGUCGCACGAGACGGUGCUCUGGCGCUUCCUGGAGGCGUUGCAGCCGUUCGGAGCCAGCGAGGGGAAGGGGGAGGGUGCCGAGGGGUGGGGGGAUGCCAAGUUUGAUCGCGUCGUGCGGCUGGCGGUGCGCGCGUCGGCCGAGGAGAAUCUGCGCACGGUGGUCAGCGAGGUCGGGCGUGUGGUCGGGUGGGCGAUGCCGAGCGAGGAGAGGAUUGAAAGUGCCAUGGCGAAGGCGCUUGGGUGGAAGGUUGGGAAGAAGGCCACUACUGCAGCAGGGGUAGGAAGCAAGGGCAAGAGCAGCGAGAGCGCGGCAGAUGCAGAGGAACCAAAAAAGGCACCGCGCUACUUCGGUCUUGCUGUCGAGCUGGACGUUCGGCACCUCCUCGACCGUCUCGUGCUCUCUUCUCCUCUCCCACCCUCUCCCGGCGGCGCCGAACCCAUCACGGCAUUCUACACAGCCAACCGCACGCGCCUCAACCUCCGUCCGCACAUCACGCUUGUACACCACACCUCGCUCACCCCGUCCGCCUCCUCCCCCGCCGACCGCAAAUGGGCAUUCUACACGCACCAGCUCGCGUCGAACCCGCACGCCGUGUUCCGCAUCACGCUCUCGACGCUGCUGUACGAGCCUGGUUGCCUCCUCACCUUCCCCAUCGACGCCAUUGCAGCGCCGGACGACAUCCGCGAGCAGUUUGAGGAGCUGCACUUCCAGGGAGCGGGGUGGACGCCGCAUAUCACGCUGGCUACGAGAGAGGACGUCAGGCCGUUCGAGGCCAACCGCGUUGUCUCGGCGUGGAAGCAUGGGAAGGAGGACGCGCAGAUCCAGGUGGUGGCGCUCCCGCAUCCCGUCACCGUCGAAGCUCGAGUCUUUGGCAUGUCUUGA